GCAGUGGUUAUCCUUGGGGAUGUUGCCUUAAUCCUGUGUCCCAGCUUGGAAACCUGGUGGAUGACGGAGCCAUGGAGUUCCCCAAGGCUGGUGGGGUGAAGAACAGCAGCAGCAGGAAGCGAAAGAGUGAGUCAGGGAAGAGCCAGGAGCUGCCAAAGGCACCUAGGAGAAAGGCAUUGAAGAAGGAGCCAAAGAAAACACCAUGCAUGGUCCAGCCCUCUGUAGUAAAAGGAAGAAAGAAGAAAUUGCUCAAGGUCAAGGAGAAGCCUCUGCAGGAAAACAUCAUCAGCAGAAGCUCCCUAAAGCAAGAGGCUGCAGAAGGGCAAGGUCUCAGCUCAAGCCUGCAGGAUGAGAUUCAAACAGGGGAGACACCUACAUCUGGCUUGGUCAACACUGUUAAUAUCUUCCAGGAAGACACUAAAUCAACUCUCUACCCAGGGUCAGCAGUGCUAGCAAAAAACUCUUCAAGGUUACAGUGCAAACCCCAGAGAGCACGACUCGCAACAGGACAGCAGCUGUCAGAGAGCAAGGCUGAAGCUGGGGUCCCAAAGUUGAGCAAUGGUGUUGCUGGUAUGGCUGCAUCCUCCUCUGGAGAUCCUGGAACUUUGGAAUUGGAUGUGGGAAUUGUUCCAGUGAGGGAAGGUGAGAAGUUGGACCUCUUUGUCCCAAAGCAGCAAGGUGGUGCUCAAGACUCAAAAGAGAAAUGGGUGAAGACACAAGAGAAAAAGGAAUUGGAGAGAAAGGGAGGGAGGAGAAAGGGUGGAUUUGAGGAAAGCUGUGGAGAUGUAUUUAAGGACAUCAAGGAGAAGGUGGCUGAUGGUGAUGCCAGGAACAUGGCAGGAGAACAGGGCAGAGUCAAGCAAAGGAGCAACAACAGUAUCCAGGGUGAUGGAAAGGAAAAGCAGGAGAAGGGGGAAGCAGAGAAGUGCAUGAAGGUGAAAAUGGAGGGGAUGAAAAAGAAAAAGAAAGUAAAGAAGGAAAAAAUGUUGGAAGAGAGGCAAGAACUGGGGAAGACAAGUGAGAAAGGAGCUGGAGAUGAAUUGGAAGAGAGAGAUGGGGUGGGGAAGGGAAGCGAGGGUGGAAAAGGAGUGAAGGAAGAGGAAGAUAUGGAUGAGAAAGGGGACGAAGGAUGGAGGGAGACCCAGAAUGCAGAGGUGGGGGAGGAGGAUAAGGUGAAGGGAGAUGCCUCAGAGAAAGAGAAAAGGAAAAAAAUCAAAGAGAAAAAGCCAAAAGAGAAACCUGAAGGAAAAAAGAGCAAAGAGAAAAGUGAAGAGGAGACCCCACAGAAAACCCGGAAAAGGAAGUCUAAGGAAGGAGAAGAAGAAAAAAACAACAAAAAGGUUAAAAAGGAGAAGAAAGAGGAAGAAAAGAAAGAGAUGGAAAACAAAUGGAAGUGGUGGGAAGAGGAGAAGAAAGAAGAUCAAGUUAAAUGGACCCAGCUGGAGCACCGAGGACCCUACUUUGUGCCUCUCUACGAGCCGCUGCCUGAUGAUGUGCGGUUCUAUUACGAUGGCAAACCCCUGAAGCUGAGCCUGGCUACAGAAGAAAUUGCCACCUUCUAUGCCAAAAUGCUUGAUCAUGAGUACACAACCAAGGAGAUCUUCCAGAAUAACUUCUUCAGUGACUGGAGGAAGGAGAUGACUUCAGAGGAACAGGAGAUAAUUAAAGACCUGGACAAGUGUGACUUCAGUGAGAUCCACAAGUACUUUGUGGACAAAAGCGAGGCACGGAAAGCACUCCCCAAAGAGGAGAAGCAGAAACUGAAGCAAGAGGCAGAUAAGAUUCAAGAGGAGUAUGGGUACUGCAUCCUCGAUGGGCACCGGGAGAAGAUCGGCAACUUCAAAACUGAGCCACCUGGGCUGUUUCGUGGACGAGGUAACCACCCCAAAAUGGGCAUGCUGAAGAAGAGGAUCAUGCCAGAAGAUGUUACAAUCAACUGCAGCAAGGAUUCUAAGAUCCCCACACCACCAGAAGGGCAUAAAUGGAAGGAGGUGCGCUUCGACAACACUGUUACCUGGCUGGCGUCGUGGACAGAGAACAUCCAGAACAGUCUGAAGUACAUCAUGCUGAACCCCAGCUCCAAGCUGAAGGGGGAGAAGGACUGGCAGAAGUAUGAGGUAGCCCGGCGCUUGAAGGGUGUUGUCCACAAAAUCCGUGCUGAGUACCGAGCUGAUUGGAAGUCCAGGGAGAUGAGGAAGCGGCAAAUAGCUGUGGCCCUCUACUUCAUUGAUAAGCUGGCCCUGCGAGCUGGCAAUGAGAAGGAGGAAGGGGAGACUGCUGACACAGUUGGCUGCUGCUCCCUGCGUGUGGAACACAUCAAGCUGCACCCCAAGCUGGAUGGACAGGAGCAUGUGGUGGAGUUUGACUUCCUUGGGAAAGACUCCAUCCGUUACUACAACAAAGUGUCAGUGGAGAAACUGGUGUUCAAGAACCUGCAGCUGUUCAUGAGGAGCAAGGACCCAGGAGAUGACCUCUUUGAUAGGCUUAAUACAGGUGUCUUGAACAGACAUCUCCAGAGACUGAUGGAUGGUUUGACUGCCAAAGUGUUCAGAACCUACAAUGCCUCCAUCACCUUGCAAGAGCAGCUCAGGGCACUCACUAAUUCUGAAGACAAUGUUGCAGGAAAGAUCCUGUCUUACAAUCGAGCUAACCGAGCUGUGGCCAUCCUGUGCAACCAUCAGAGGUCUACACCAAAAACCUUUGAGAAGUCCAUGAAGGUUCUCCAGAGCAAGAUUGAUGCCAAGAAGAAACAGGUGGAGGAAGCCCAGCAGGAGCUCCAAAAAGCUGAAGAGGAGUUUGAAGGCACAAAAGAUCCUAAAGCAGAAGUCAACAUGGAGAAAAAAAAGAAGCUGUUGAAGAGGCUGGAAGAUCAGCUGGCUAAGUUGAAUGUUCAGGCCACAGAUAAAGAGGAGAACAAACAGAUAGCUCUGGGCACAUCCAAGCUGAAUUACCUGGACCCCAGGAUUAGCAUAGCUUGGUGCAAGAAAUUUGGUGUGCCCAUCGAGAAGAUCUAUAACAAGACGCAGAGGGAGAAGUUUGCCUGGGCCAUUGACAUGGCUGAUGAGGACUUUGAAUUCUGAGGUGGUGCCUUUCACCUUGCUUUGUGCUCCUUUGGUGCUGGUGGAAGCUUUUUUGGUGUCUUGCUGUGGUUAGUGGGGUGGGUGUGGGCAGUUACCUAAUAAAAGAGUUUGCUACUGCUA